ACGGUGUGAAAUUAGAUGCAAAUAAUAAAUCCGUUUCGGUGUGCACUUUUUUUUUCUCGUAGAUCGCGAUGCUGUGCACUGGCAGUGAACUAGAAUACAGCACUCCCCCAUACAACUUCUCAUGGAUGGUGGAAGGAUGUCUUGCAGGUAUGGCUUGCCCAUCAAACACGUCUGAAAUUAGGUAUUUGGUAGAAAAUGGCAUUGGGCAUCUAGUGACGCUAUCAGAAGAUAGAACGCCUCCGAUGGAUGACGAUAGUAUCCGAAAUCAUAUUAAAUGGACCGUGAUACCGGUUGUAGAGUUUGAACCACCUACGCUGGACGAUAUGAAGAAGUUUAUUGCAAUUUGUAAGGAACAUCAAGAAAAGGUGAGAGAUUCAAACACAGAGUUUCGGUUGUCUCCAGAAAGAUCGGAUCAAGUCGUCGCCUUUCUCACGAAGUGUCCUAACUGA